AUGAACGACUACGAAGUUGAACGUACUUCUAUUCAGGUUACAACUUCAGAUGGUGAUUCAUCAACAUGGCCAAAUACUGACCUUCGCAUGAGAAAUGGAAACCAUGCGCUUUUCUUUUAUGAAGUUGAUAAAGACUGUCCAGUUUACAGACAAUGGUUGGAAACCCUUGGAGAUGUUAUUUCUGAUAUCGAAAAGACUAAUGAAUCUUUUAUCUUACAGGAUUUCCCCCCUGGAUAUAAGCUUUUUUUCUAUGCGAAACUUCCUGCAUCAUCACAAAUUGAUCGUGAAUCGUUACCUAUGUCUACCGUGCAUAAUGUUCAAAAUAAUAAUAAAGGAUUAAUUGAGAGAACUGAUAUAUACUUAUUUGGAUUACCCAGAGGAAGUCGUUUUAGAUCAAAAAAUGAGUUUAUACCACAUUUUCGGUGGUUAUAUUUAGGGAAAAAUGGAAGUUGUAUAUGUAAAUAUUGUAAUAAAAGGAAUAGAAAUAAAAAAUCUAUUACUACUACUACUCAAGAUAAAGAAAUUGAUCGUGACCGUGAAACAUUGUCACAUCUUUUUGGUCCAAUGUAUCGUCCCAGAGAAAUUGUCUGGGUGGUCGGUCCUAAUGUAAAUCUGAUGAUUCCAACUUCUGAUGAGUCGUUCAAUAAAAGAGAUAUCGCCGAGUAUUAUAAUUGGCCAGGAUAUGUGAUGAAUAUUAGUGAACAGGGAGAAAUAUCAUCAGAUCAUUCACAAAUAAAUGAGACAAUAUAUGAAGUACAACUUUUGGCCUUGGAUAGAAUAAGAUAUUACCCCGAGUCAUCGUUGAUUCCAUGGAUUGUGCGUGAAGUUGAACCAACUAUUACAAGUUAUUGUAACAAUUCAUAUAUAAAUGAUCCUUUUAAUAAAGCAAUUAACAUUGCUACUACUUGCCAGAAAUCAUUCGUGACGAAUAAGAAGUAUAAAUUCAAAGUAGACAAUCAUCAUAUAACGUCGAUCAAAGACAAGGAACAAAAAAAGAGAAUAAAAGAAUCAAAGAAAUAUCCACAUUAUUGCGAAGUGGUGUUUGGAACUGAAGUUAUUCGUACGAAUGAUUUAAUCAGGUUGACCAUAGAAGAUGAUAAACUAUCGUCUCAGGAAAGGGAAUUUUUUAGAAUCGUUACUAUUUAUAGGAUUGAACACGAUCAAAUUCAGUUUACUGGAGAUAUGUAUGUUAGAAUAGAAGAAGGGGACGACGUAUUUAAGAAAUUGGGAAUGGGCGAAGAUGAUGAAAGGUUGAAAAAAACAUUGAAUAUAGGGGAAUACAUAUAUAUUCCAAAGAACUUUCCUCAGGAAGAAUAUACUGUAGACAUGGAAGAUCUUGCAGGUCGACUUUAUACAGAUUGGGAAGAAAGUACCGAACGUAUGAAUCCAACCGAAGAAAAGUUUUCAAGAGAUGUUAAUGAUUAUACACUUGAUAUUCAUUAUCGAAUGAAAACUCGAAAGAAAGUAACUCAAAUAGCACAGCUUGAGAGUAAUGAUUAUGAAUCAGAUACUAAGAUGAGCGAUAUUGAAAAUUUAAAUACGCUCGGAUUAAACAAAUCAUUUAUAAGUUCGAUAAAUGAUGAUGCCACGAAGGAUCUUGAUAACAUGGAAGAUACCAAAUUUGAUAUUGCUAUGAUGCAUUCAAAUUCAUUGCAAUUCCGGAUUUAUGACUAA